AUGGCUGCGCCCGUCAUGACCGUCUCCGAGAGCAAAGAGCUCAGAGGACUCAACCUCAUUGCAGCUCACUCUCACAUCCGAGGUCUGGGUGUUGAUGGAACAACAUUGGAGCCCAGGGCUGCAUCCCAGGGUCUUGUUGGACAGGAGAAGGCCAGGAAAGCUGCCGCUGUUAUCCUGCAGAUGAUCAAGGAGGGAAAGAUUGCUGGAAGAGCCGUACUGAUCGCUGGCCCCCCAAGCACGGGCAAAACCGCCAUUGCCAUGGGCAUGGCCCAAUCCCUUGGACCCGACGUUCCAUUCACCAGUCUUGCCUCCUCCGAGAUCUUCUCCCUCGAAAUGUCCAAGACCGAAGCCCUUACACAAGCUUUCCGAAAGUCGAUUGGCGUUCGCAUCAAGGAAGAGAGCGAGAUUAUGGAGGGAGAAGUUGUCGAGAUUCAGAUUGACCGCAGUGUCACUGGUGGCGCGAAGCAAGGCAAGCUUACUAUCAAGACUACCGACAUGGAAGCUGUAUAUGACAUGGGCGCGAAGAUGAUUGACGCCAUGACCAAGGAGCGCGUCAUGGCCGGCGACAUCAUUUCUAUCGACAAGUCCUCCGGCAAGAUCACUAAGCUCGGUCGGUCAUACGCCCGCUCGCGUGAUUACGACGCCAUGGGCGUUGACACCAAGUUCCUGCAGUGCCCUGAUGGCGAGCUGCAGAAGCGCAAGGAGGUUGUUCACACUGUUACGCUGCACGAGAUCGAUGUCAUCAAUUCAAGAACACAAGGUUUCCUGGCCCUGUUCUCAGGAGACACUGGCGAGAUCCGCAGUGAGAUUCGCGACCAAAUCAACACCAAGGUCGGCGAGUGGAAAGAGGAGGGCAAGGCUGAGAUCGUUCCCGGAGUUCUGUUCAUCGAUGAGGUCCACAUGCUCGACAUUGAGUGCUUCUCAUACAUCAACCGUGCACUCGAAGAUGAUUUGGCGCCCGUCGUCAUUAUGGCCAGCAACAGGGGCAACUCCCGCAUCAGGGGAACCGACUACCGCAGCCCCCACGGUCUGCCUCUUGAUUUCCUUGACCGUGUUGUCAUCAUCCAUACCAACACCUAUACCCCCGAGGAGAUUAAGCAAAUUCUUACCAUCCGCGCCCAAGAAGAAGAGGUUGAUGUCUCCGCGGAUGCUCUGGCUCUGCUCACCAAGAUCGGCCAGGAGGCCGGCCUGCGCUAUGCUAGCAACCUCAUCACGACAUCGCAGUUGAUUUGCAACAAGCGGAGAGCGAAGCAGGUCGAGAUUGCGGAUGUCCAGAGGAGCUUCUCCCUAUUCUACGACCCGGCCCGCAGCGUUAAGUUCGUGUCCGAGUCGGAAAAGCGUUUGAUAGGCAACGACGGAGCCGUCGAUUUUACCGUCACCAACGGUCACGGUGAGACGAUGGAUUUGAGUUAA